AUGGCUCCAACACUCUCUACCGCACAGCUCUCAAACCCAGCUGAAGUAACCGAAUUCGUCGUCAACAAAGGAAAUGGCGUUAAGGGUUUAUCAGAAACAGGACUCAGAGCUCUUCCUGAUCAAUACAUUCAACCAUUCGAAGAACGACUCAUCAACAAAUUCGUCAACGAAACAGACGAAGCCAUUCCCGUUAUCGACAUGUCAAAUCCCGACGAAAGCAAAGUCGCUGAAGCUAUCUGUAACGCUGCUGAGAAAUGGGGCUUCUUCCAAGUGAUCAAUCAUGGUGUUCCUUUGGAAGUUCUUGACAAUGUGAAAGCUGCUACUCACAGAUUCUUCAAUUUACCUGUGGAAGAGAAGAGCAAAUUCACAAAGGAGAAUUCCUUAUCGACGAAUGUUCGAUUCGGAACGAGUUUUAGUCCUCGUGCGGAGAAAGCUUUAGAGUGGAAAGAUUAUCUCAGUCUCUUCUUUGUCUCUGAAGCUGAAGCAGAACAGUACUGGCCUGAUGUUUGCAGGAAUGAGGCACUAGAGUACAUGAACAAGUCCAAGACAAUGGUGAGGAAGCUACUAGAGUAUUUGGGAAAGAAUCUCAAUGUGAAAGAGCUCGACGAGACGAAAGAAUCACUCUUCAUGGGUUCGAUUCGAGUCAACCUUAACUACUAUCCGGUCUGCCCUAACCCGGACCUAACCGUUGGUGUUGGUCGUCACUCAGACGUCUCUUCCCUCACCAUUCUUCUACAAGACCAGAUCGGUGGUCUACACGUGCGUUCUCUAUCGUCAGGGAACUGGGUUCACGUACCACCGGUUCCCGGAUCUUUUGUGAUCAACAUCGGUGAUGCGAUGCAGAUCUUGAGCAAUGGUCGGUACAAGAGUGUGGAGCAUCGUGUCUUAGCUAACGGUAACAAUAACAGAAUCUCUGUUCCUAUCUUUGUGAAUCCUAAACCAGAGUCUGUGAUUGGUCCUCUUCCUGAGGUGACUGCAAAUGGAGAGGAACCGAUUUACAGAGACAUUGUGUACUCUGAUUACGUCAGGUAUUUCUUCAAGAAGGCGCACGACGGAAAGAAAACCGUCGAUUUCGCCAAGAUAUGA